GAGAACCCUGCGUCGUCCUCCGACAAACUACCUCCGCGCAAAUCAACGCGCUACCGUACUAGCCAGAGAACUACCGCGAGAAAGUAUUCACGAAGCGGACAAGUGUAUACGGUUAAUUGGAACUUAACUUACUGCGUGUUUCUCGUUAUCUCCACUUUCCGAUGUAGUAUGUAGUUUGCGAAAUUUUCGCGGCUGGUGCGUGUUGUGAGGUACGUCCGGCGUGCGCAAGGAAGGGCUAGUUUGCCGGCGACGCGUGCGUUUAACGAAUUUUUUCGACGCCCCCUAGCAGCAACUACUUCUAUUAUAUCAUUGGAAUUGAAGCGCACUCUAGUAGGAUUUACUACCGAUUGUAAUGGACUUCUUUUCGACUUGCACAACAGAUUUCACUGUAACAAUCUUCAGUAAUACAUUAGUAUACAAUUGCGGUAUUAUUUUAUUAUUUUGAUUCAGUAACACCAUUCAGCAUGCCACCACAAUUAGCGACGAAGAAGCAUGCUAAAUAUUUUCAAAGGUUACUGCAAAUCGUGCCUAAUCGUUUGGCAGAUCAAGAUUAUUCUAGGCUUGUUAUAGCUUUUUUUGCUAUAUCAGGGCUAGACAUAUUAAAUUGCUUAAAUGAUCUUAGCGAAGAAACUAAAUCCGAAGCAAUUGAGUGGAUCUACAGACUACAAGUUACUGGUGCUGGACCACGUUCUGGUUUCCAACCAUCUACAACGAUACCAAAGGAUGUUCCAAAAUAUCAGUACGGUCAUUUAUUAAUGACAUACCUUGGAUUGGUUACUCUUAUAAUUCUUGGAGAUGAUUUAAGCAGAGUGGACAAAAAGUCUAUUAUCGAAGGAGUAAGAGCUUGUCAGAAUCCGAAUGGAUCUUUCGUAGCCUUCAUAACGGAAAGUAAAAAUGAAAAUGAAAGUGAUAUGAGAUUUCUUUAUUGUGCUUGUUGUAUAUCUAGUAUUUUAAAAGAUUGGUCAGGAGUCGACAAAGAGAAAACUAUUGACUACAUUUUAAAUAGUAUUUCAUAUGAUGGAGCUAUGGGACAAGGACCUGGUCUUGAAUCACAUGGAGGAUCUACAUUCUGUGCUGUAGCUAGUCUAAUUCUUAUGAAUGAACUUCAUAAUGUCCUGACAAACGAUCAAUUAAAUAGACUGAGAAGAUGGUGUCUUAUGAAACAAGACAGUGGCUUUCAUGGACGGCCUGGAAAACCAUCCGAUACCUGCUACAGUUUUUGGAUUGGCGCAACCCUACAAAUGCUUGAUGUUAACAAGUUUUCAGAUCCUGAAGAAAAUAGAACAUUUGUUCUAAGUACUCAAGAUAACAUCACUGGUGGAUUAGCAAAAUAUACUGAUAGUUAUCCUGAUCCCCUUCAUACAUAUUUCGGUAUAUGCAGUUUAAGCCUUCUGGGAGAAAGUGGUUUAUGUAUAUUAAAUGCUGCAUUUAAUAUUUCUGAUAGAGCAUAUAAACACUUAUUAAAACUUCACGAAAUAUGGUAAUGUUAUUAACUUUUACAUAAAGUACUUGCAACAAUUAAAUACCAUAUCAAGCGCACAGAAUUAAUACAUGGGAAAAAAGCAACAGUUCUGCAGUUUGUCAUGAAUAUUGUUUGUGUAGUUCUUAAAGAUUCUCUGUGCUGAGAAUCAUUGUUGUAAAAGUAUAAAUUAAGAAAAAUAUUAUGAUUUUGUAAUAUGUAAUUAAUGUUAUCAUUUCAAACAAGAUAGUUAUUAAAAGUAUAUAAAGCACAUGCAAGAAAUGAAAAGACAAAUAGCAGCAUAAUUGAAACACAAUCAAGUGUCAUUAUAUACGAAUUUUAAAAAUUAUAAUAAAAUUAUGAAAAAUAUAUUUUGAGUGUUUGUAAUUAUCAUCCUUU